AUGAAGGCUCCAAAGUCCAAGACCAAGGCCCCCAAGGCCGAUGAGAAGGUUCUUUCCAAGGUCAAGAACGGAGGUGUGACAAAACCUUCUGCCACUCCUAAAGCAAAGUCCAAGGAGGUUGCAAAGAAGGUUGCCUCGAAAACCGCAAAGGAACUUGAGAAGAAAAAGAAGAAGCCUCCCACUCCAUCGGAGUCUUCCGAAUCCGAUAGCGACGAGGAAAUGAAGAACGUCAGCUCCGGCAGCGAAAGCGAGAGUGAGAGCGAAGUUGAACAAAAGCGCGCUCCUGCGAAGGCCGCGAGCAAAAAGGUUCAGCCUAAAUCUGAAUCUGAGUCAUCGUCUGAAUCCUCGUCCUCUGAAGAGGAGCCUUCAAAGGCAAAGGCCGUUGAGAGUGCAAGCGAGAGCGAAAGUGAGAGCGAAGAAGAGCCUGAGCCUAAAGUAACCAAGCAAGCUGCGAAGGGGAAGAAAGUUGAAUCGGAAUCGGAGUCCAGCUCUGAGUCUGAAUCCGAAUCCGAGACAUCUGGAGGCGUAGAUGUCAAGGCCACUAACGAAAGCGAAGAGUCCGACUCCGAAUCCGAGUCAGAGUCGGAUGAGGCCCCAGCGAAAACCAAAAAGGCUAUCAAAGAGGAAUCUGCCUCGGAUGACUCUGAAGAUGAAAGUGGUAGCGAUGAGGAGUCUUCCAGCGAGGAAGAAGAAGAUGAGAAGCCAGCAAAAUCCCAAAAGCGUAAAGCUGAAUCGGAUGAGGUUCCGGUGACCAAGAAGGCUAAGAAGGACAGUGAUGAGUCUAAUGCAAGCGCCAACCUUUUUGUUGGUAACCUCUCCUGGAAUGUUGACGAAGAAUGGCUUCGGUCUGAGUUUGAAAGCUUUGGCGAGCUUUCUGGUGUCCGUAUUGUUACUGACCGUGACAGUGGACGAUCUCGAGGAUUUGGCUAUGUUGAGUUCACUAAUGCUGAGGACGCAGCCAAGGCUUUCGAGGCCAAGAAAGGAGCUGAGCUUGAUGGCCGCCCACUGAACCUCGAUUAUGCCAAUGCUCGUCAGAACGCUGGUGGAGCUAAAGAUCGUUCCCAGGCGCGAGCUAAGUCGUUUGGCGACCAGACCAGCCCUGAGAGCGACACAUUGUUCAUCGGUAACAUCUCUUUUGGAGCCGACGAAAACGCGAUUCAAGAGACCUUUUCAUCUUACGGCACCAUCUCAGGAAUUCGCCUACCCACUGAUCCUGAGUCCGGUCGCCCCAAGGGCUUCGGAUAUAUUCAGUUCUCCUCGGUGGACGAGGCCCGUUCCGCACUCAACGAGCUCCAGGGCAGCGAGCUCGCCGGUCGUGCCAUGCGCCUGGACUUCAGCACUCCACGACAGAACUCGGGCGGCGGGUUCGGCGGCCGUGGCGGUCGCGGAGGUGGCCGUGGAGGCGGUCGUGGAGGACGAGGAGGCCCUCGCGGCGGUGCUCGUGGCGGACGUGGUGGUUCUACCAAUCGGGGCGGAUUCGGGGAUUUCUCAGGACACAAGACGACGUUUUAA